AUGGGAAAUUCCCAAGGGAGACAGGUUGCCUCCGACAAUGAGGUGAACUUGAACCAGUUCCGGCUGCUUCGAGUUGUCGGCAAAGGUGCCUUUGGCAAGGUCCGCAUCGUCGAGAAGAAGGACACGGGCUUGACCUUUGCAUUGAAGUAUAUUCGCAAAGAGGAAGUGGUCCGCUCAGAGAGUGUACGAAAUAUCAUUCGGGAACGUCGAAUGCUCGAGCACCUCAACCACCCCUUCCUUUGUAACUUGCGGUACAGCUUUCAGGAUAUUGAGUACAUCUAUAUUGUGGUGGAUUUGAUGAAUGGCGGCGAUUUGCGCUUCCACAUCUCACGAAAAUGUUUCACUGAGGAUGCUGUAAAGUUUUGGCUCGCUGAACUUGGAUGUGCUUUGAGGUACAUUCACUCGCAAGGCAUUAUUCAUCGCGAUGUCAAGCCAGACAAUGUGUUGUUAGACUCAGAAGGACACGUCCAUCUGGCAGAUUUUAACGUGGCAUCAGACUUCCGACCUGGGAAGCCCCUGACGAGUAAAUCUGGCACGCUAGCUUAUCUUGCCCCCGAGGUGUAUGAGGGAGGAGGUUACUAUUUCGAAGUCGAUUGGUGGUCAUUGGGUGUUACGUUCUACGAAUGCAUUUACAACAAGAGACCUUUUGAAGGCCGCUCUCAGGAUACUCUUAGCGAAAACAUCAAAAAGGCGCAACCGAAAUACUAUGUCACGAACCCCGCGGUCUCCAUCCCUUGCCUGCGAGCCAUGUCCGCGUUGAUGGAAAAAGAUCGGAGUAGGCGAAUUGGCGCGGUCAGCUUUGAGAGCUUCAUGUCGCACCAGUUCUUUGCCGAUAUCGAUUUUGCUGCCUUGGAGCGAAAGGAAGUGCCCCCAGUGUUCCGCCCAUCGAGCGAUAAGACGAAUUUCGACGCAACAUAUGAUUUGGAAGAGUUGCUCCUGGAGGAAGCCCCACUUGAAGCCAGGGCCCGAAGGCAGAAACCAAGAGCCGAGCUGAGGGAAGAUGCAACAGCGAAGGAAAUUCGCGAAGACGAACUCCAUCGACUCAUCGAAACUAUGUUUGAGCCGUUUGAUUAUACGGUAAUGAGCUAUCGUGGGAAUGCAGCCGAAGCAAUUGCGGCUGCUACGCGCCCUGAAGACUGUGUCCAAACGACGACGACAGUCUCGUCGACGCACUCACGGCAUUACUCCCAACCUGAUUCGGCGCGAGGCUCGCCAGCCCGUACGGAAGGGUCACCCGCUCGCUUGCCCCUGCCAGACAACCAGUCUUCUAUCGGUGAGGCUAUAGAGCCCACGACCAGCCAUCCUAUCAGCCCGUCAAUGCCGACGUCCGCGCCGCCCCCGCCACCUGGGGUGCCCCCUCCUGCUCCCAACUUCCAUCGGCCCUUUGUCCCCCCGCCGUCCGGAAGGGCUCGACCAACUGGGCGCAAGACCAGCAAGGGCGGCGGCGUGCAAAUGGUUCUCGAGGAAGCGGGUAGCUGGAGUGAGCUUGCCGAUCAAAGUACUACUCUCCCUGCAGAAGGCUACGACCCUGCCACCAAAGGAAAGUCUAACAACGGCGGAAUGCUUGGUUUCUUGAGCCGCAAGAAGGGACGUGACAGAAGCCCCAAGCCGCAAGAACCUGGUGUUCUCGGUAAGGAGGGAGCCCGACAAAUUAUCAGCUGA